UAUAAACAGAAUACCUAAGUGUUGAGGUGCCGAGGCAACUUGGAGCAGAGAAGUAAUCUAUCUGAGUGCUGUGAAGUCAAUCAGGGACGAGUACCCGGAAGAGGAUCAGAAUGGCUUCAAUACCCGAAUACUAUGAGGGCAAAAAUGUCCUCCUCACUGGGGCCACUGGCUUCCUAGGAAAGGUGCUUUUGGAGAAGUUGUUGAGGUCUUGUCCUAAGGUGAAUUCAGUGUAUGUUCUUGUGAGGCACAAAGCUGGACAAACACCCCAGGAGCGAGUGGAAGAAAUCAUUAGCGGCAAGCUCUUUGACAGAUUGCGAAAUGAAAACCCGGAAUUUAGAGAAAAAAUUAUAGCAGUUGACAGCGAACUAACCCAACCUAAACUGGCUCUUAAUGCAGAAGAUAUAGAGGUCAUCCUAGAUUCUACCAAUAUAAUAUUUCACUGUGCAGCAACAGUAAGAUUUAAUGAAAAUUUAAGAAAUGCUGUUCAGUUAAAUGUGAUUGCUACAAGACAGCUUAUUCUUCUUGCACAUCAAAUGAAGAAUCUGGAUGUGUUUGUGCAUGUAUCAACAGCAUAUGCAUACUGCAAUAGAAAGCAUAUUGAUGAAAUCAUCUAUCCACCACCUGUUGAUCCCAAGAAGCUGAUCGAUUCUUUAGAGUGGAUGGAUGAUGGCCUAAUAAAUGAUAUCACCCCCAAAUUGAUAGGAGACAGACCUAAUACCUAUAUCUACACGAAAGCCUUGGCAGAGUAUGUUGUGCAACAAGAAGGAGCCAAGCUAAAUGUGGCCAUUGUGAGGCCGUCCAUCGUCGGCGCCAGCUGGAAAGAGCCUUUCCCAGGAUGGAUCGAUAACAUUAAUGGACCAAGUGGUCUCUUUAUUGCGGCAGGGAAAGGAAUCCUUCGAACAAUGCGUGCCUCCAACAAUGCCCUCGCAGAUCUUGUUCCAGUAGAUGUAGUUGUCAACAUGAGUCUUGCAGCAGCGUGGUAUUCCGGAGUUAAUAGACCCAGGAGUAUGAUGGUGUAUAAUUGUACAACAGGCAGCACUAAUCCUUUCCACUGGGGUGAAGUUGAAUACCAUGUAAUUUCCACUUUCAAGAGGAAUCCUCUCGAACAGGCCUUCAGACGGCCCUAUGUAAAUCUAACCUCCAAUCACCUUUUAUAUCAUUACUGGAUUGCUGUGAGCCAUAAGGCCCCAGCAUUCCUGUAUGAUAUCUACCUCAGGAUGACGGGACGAAGCCCAAGGAUGAUGAAAGCAAUAACUCGCCUUCAUAAAGCAAUGAUGCUUCUUGAAUAUUUCACAAGUAAUUCUUGGGUUUGGAAUACUGACAAUGUUAAUAUGUUAAUGAACCAGCUAAACGCCGAAGAUAAAAAGACAUUUAAUAUUGAUGUACGGCAGUUGCAUUGGGCAGAAUAUAUAGAAAACUACUGCAUGGGAACUAAGAAAUAUGUCCUGAAUGAAGAAAUGUCUGGUCUUCCUGCAGCUAGAAAACAUCUGAACAAGUUGAGGAACAUACGUUAUGGUUUCAAUACUAUCCUUGUGAUCCUAAUCUGGCGCAUUUUUAUUGCAAGAUCACAAAUGGCAAGAAAUGUCUGGUACUUUGUGGUUAGUCUGUGCUAUAAGUUUCUGUCAUACUUCAGAGCCUCCAGCACAAUGAGAUACUGAAGACAAGAAUUUAGCAUUAGAACAUCUAUGCAUAUGGUGGUCUAAAUGCACAAAAUGUAAAUUUUACUUAAGUCAUCUCAUCUUUUGUCAAGACAUUAAACCAUCUUAAAGCAAAUGUGGAGUACAUUAUGGUACAUUUUAUGUAACAUUUUAAUGUUUAUGCUCAUGAAAUCCUUGUGAACACACUGUGGUGUGCCAGCUCAAAUCUGUAAUAACCACCAAAACCAUAAUUUUUAACACUUUGAUCCCUGGGGAUAGGGGUGGGGUGAGGGUAGAAGUGGGAAAAUAGGAACACUGACCAGUAUAACUGUGCAAUUCUGGAACAAUUCAUUGCAAUAUGCCUUAAACUCAUAGUGAAUUUCCAAUUCUAAUAUUCAGUGCAAUGGAAAGUGUCUUUGGACAGGAAUACUUUCUAAGUUGCUACCAUUGAUUAACCAGUGUUUCAUUUUUAUUGUAAGUUGAAGUGAGUUUUAAUUUUGUUAAAGUUACAGCUGUACGAUUUUCACAUCAUCCUGUUACUGAGUGGUCUCAGAUAUGGAAGAUAUGUUAUGUUUUUGUGUCUUUGUUUCUUGUUCAAGGUCUGGUGCAGAUCGUUUUACUAUAAACAGUCUAGUACUUUCAUAAUCAGAAGGCUGUAUUACUCUAAAGCCCAUACUGAGUCUAAUGUGCUCGACUCAAAUCAGCAUAAACUGGAUUUUUUGAAGGAAUGUGACAGCAAAUUUAAUAAAACUUAGUAUUAAAAAUAAUAGAAAUUAAAUUUUCUUCUCCACAUUAUGGUGAAAUGAAAAUCCUGUGAGAGUUCGUAUGUUUUGAAGCAGGAGGAUUUCUUGAGCCUUCACUUGAGGAGCAGGAAGGGAUUUACCGUACAUUUGUGUACUGUCCUUUAUAAACUUUCUUCAUACAAUUUUAAAAAGACUUGUACUGUCUUUCCAAUGAAAACUGAAAGUGCAUUAUUACGGGAGAAUGUAUUUUCAGGUAGUAAUAACUUAAGGAAAUGUUCUCAUAUGUGUAAACACAUACUAAUUUUUUAUCUUAAAGUCAAAAUACCUUCACGAAGAAAAAAUUAAUGUGUAUAAAAUCAAAUAAAGGAUUUUAUUUACAUACCACAUGAAGUAGCAAGCUGUGGAAUGAGUUUGAAGAUACCAUCUAUUUUUUCUGCAUGUGGCUUUAGCUUUCAAAGGAAUGCAUUAUAGAAACAAGAAGAUUGGUGUCUAUUUUAAUGAUACAUUAUGAUUCCCUUUAAAUUGUAACAGUAGUUAAUUCUAUUCACUGUUUUAACAUACAUUUGAUUUAACAGAUUAUUCAGCCUAAUAUUGUUCUAAUUAAGCUGACCAAAUUGUACUAUAUUUAAAUCAUCAGCAGUAUAUCUUGAAUAAAAUUAGGGAGAUCAGGUCACAAUACAAAAAUUACUUAGAACUUUACAUCUAAAUUAUUUUGGCCGAUUUAAGUAAAUGCAGUGUAUAAGAAGUUUAUACUUCACAACUAUGUUGUGAAAAAACUAAAUGUAAAGGAAAUCACCUUCUUGCCAGGUGUGUAAUCUUGGAAAGCAAAAAUGCUUCCAUGUUGAAGCCAGAUUUUCGGUAGUAAAACUUUUAAACAUUUAUUUAAAAAGAAAAGUGUAUAUAAAGUAAAAUUAAAUACAUAUAUAUAUUCUUUAAAAUGAUACUAAAGUCUAGGAGCAUACCUCGUAUAAGGUGUGUGAGACAUGAGAAUGUGUAACACGGAAUCAGUGAUGCUGCCUCUGAUUUUACGAAGCCCACACAGUUAGCUGCAGACGCUCUGCCCACUGGUUACUGUUUCUCUGACAAUAUGGUAACAUUUGUAUGAUUUUUAUGCUUCCGCCAAAUAUACUUUGAAUCAAUUGAGUUGUAUUUGUAUGUUGCAACAGAGUCAGGAACAAUGUUGGCAGAGUUGUGAAGUAUUUAGAGAUGUGGGUCUUCUGAACGUUGUACUGUUCUCUGCUUACAGUUCUCUAAAGUGUAACCUUUAAAGAAAUAUCAAGUGGGAAGAUGCUGAGGCUGCUACAUUGAUUUGUUUGUUUAGACUGUUGUUGCCAAAAGAAAGCUGAUGAAUAAAUUAAAUAACUAUUCUGGAAUUUAAAGUUCUAAAACUACUAGAAAGAAUGGAGAAUGUUGAUCCACAUCAAAUAGACCUCAAGUUUGACUCAGUAUUUUAAGGUUUUGGAAAUCCUUUCAUUUAGAGCUUUUAGAUUUGUAUUUGAUUAUACCUUGACAGACUUUAAUGAUAGCUUAUCACUCAAAUACUCUGAGUAUUUGAACUCAUUUGUUAAAGCUAUAUUCUAAAAACAAUUCCCCCCCACACCAAUGCAUUUUGAACACUUAAAAUCAUUGUGAUUACAUUUAAGUUUGAUUUGAUACCAUUAAUGUGUCUUAAACUCAACAAGAAGGAUGGCAGUAUGUUCUUUUGCUUAAGGGUUAUAUAAAAUAAUGUUUUAAUAUGUGUAAGAAGACUUGAACGCCGGGAGGAAAAAGUCUGAUUUAUCCCCUUUUUGUAUGCUUAUUUUCAGGCGCUGGUUGGGGAUUUUUUAUUUUGCUUUAAAUGUAAAUGAAUAGUCUUUUAUAAGAAUUAAAUAGACGCAUUAUUGGGUGCCUUUGUAAACCAAAAAGGAAUAAAUGAAUCCCUAUAUUUCCAUUAUAAUAUUUAUUGUAUUUUUACAUUCUGUAAGUUAUCUUUGGGAUAAUGUGGUUAAGAUUCUAGGAAGCAGUCUUCACUUCUUGGCUUUUUUUUUUAAGUGGAUUCAUUAAUUUAGUGCCCUAACUUUAUUUAUUUAAUUCAGAAUCUCUUAAACAGCAUUUUAAUGUAAGCAGCAUGGAAGCAGGACGAAUGCUUUCUGUAAAAGUAUGAUUUUUACAUCUUAGCUGCAAUGAGGCAGUUUUCUGUACCCUAGAAACGGCCCCAGGCAACUGCCAGGUGCACUAUUGGGCCCCAGCCAUCCUUUUCCACGUCGAAUGGUGUCACAUGAGUUUGCAGGCACAUUUCCAAUAAUUUAUCUACCUGUUGGGUCAGGUGCAUUAGGGUAAACUGCAUUGGGUAAGGUACAUUCACUUGUUAGUAAUAGAGAUGGACCGGAUCAUUAAAAAAAAAAAUUAGGCUGGGAUGCCAGUGAAUGUUAGUGAAUGGCUGGUGCACAUGCUCUUUCUUCUAGGCUGACUUGAAGCCCUCACUGAAACCAUUAGAACUGAGUUGGACUAUGGUAAAAGAGUCUUGCUUUAUUUUUUGAAAACUUUCAAACCUUUGUAUGAGAAACUGGAAAAAAGGAAUAUUUUUGUACACUGCAUAAUUUAAUAUGGAAAUGAGUGAAUUAAAUGAUUAGCCUCUGAAGAAAUAUGAAAUGUUUUCUUACUGAAUUUAUAAUUUUGGCUAGUGAUUAAGAAUAUAUGGGGGAGGAGCUUCAAAAAUGUGUAGAAAAAUGGAAUUGAAAUAUAAUAGAAUCUUUCCAUAAACUUUAAGCACAUUUAUAUGUGCUUUUUUUUUUAAUGUCCUUUUUGAUGAUUGUAUUUUCUUGGCAUAUUUCUCUGUAUCCCUAAUGCCACUUGUAAGAUUUAUAAGCAAGGUUGUGCAAAAUUGUUCAGUAAUUCUUUUUGUUAUCUUUACUAAGAAAAAAAUGUGAGUACCAUUAAGUUCGAUGUGGUACUUUACAAGUUAAUGGCUCUAAAAUACUUUUAAUUUUUUUUUUUAAAAGUAAAGCCUGAAGUUUAAUGUCUUUACUGUGAGCCUCACCUCAGAACUAUAAGACAAAUUGCCCGUUUUGGGGAACUGGGUGUGGGAUAGAAGGGACUGAUAUUACAGAUAAUACUUAUAAUACCUGUACUUUUACACAGGGGAAGAAAGGCAAUCACGAUUUUAAAAUUUUUAUCAAACUGUUAAAACAGUCGUAGUUAUUAUUUACCUUGAGUCUCUUCUAGAUACUUUAAUUUAUAUUUUCUCUUACAACUACCUAAAGUUGAAUUUGGUUUCUUUUAAAGAAUUCCUUAACUUUCUGCCCUUAAACAGAAAACCUAGUGAUCUGUCUCAUGGGUGUGCAUCUGAGACACACACAAACACACACAAUUUCUCACACUCACACCCUAGGGUGAGUGUGUGUUCAUUUUGCUAGGUGCCAUCUAGUCAGUUUGGGCUCGUGGUGAUCCCUUGUACAACAGAAUGAAACACUGCCUGCUCCUGGGCCAUCUGCACAUUCAUUGUCAUGUGCGAGUCCAUUACUGCAACCACUGUCAGACCGUUCUGUGGAGGCUCUUCCUUUUUUUCACCGACUCUACGAAGCAUGAUGCGUCCUUCCCAGAGGCUGGACCCUUCUGAUACACGUCCAAGGGAGGAGAGAGAAAAGCCUCACACUCUUCGCCUAUAAUUCUGUAUUGUAUAUAAGACUAUAUUUCUUCCAUGAGAGAUUUGUUCUUCUGGCCACUCAUGGUAUACUCAAAUUCUUUUGCCAACACGAUAAUUCAAAUUCAUCAGUUCUUUUUUAGUCUUUUAUUCAUUCUCCACAUUUUACAUGCCUAUGAAGCAGUUGAAAACACUAUGGCUUGGGCUGUGAUAGUGAGGGGAAAGCCCAAAGGAUGGGCGCUUGACUGGCUGUUUUCUCAGCAUCUCCGGCAUUGUGGUAGCGGUCUGGUCCCCGUGGAGAAGGAUCUAGGUAGAGCUCAGCGUUACAGGGUCAGAAAUAACCAGCUCAGUCUACCAAAAUGGGAACCGUCUCUGGGAGUUUGUUCUCUAUAAACUCAUAAUUGAUUUAUAAACAAGUAUGCCAGUGUAGCAUUACACUGGGAAUUAAAUGAGAAACAAUACUAAAGGACUGGGAUUACUUCAUAGUGGAGAUGGGGCAAACGCUUCAGGUGGUAGACACCAGAGAAACUGGUAGUCACAUAAAUACAUUUACCAAGUAAGCCCGAAGCUUAACAAAUGAACAAUUUCAAGUGCCAUAGCAAUCUUUAGAUUGUUCUCUGCUCACAAGAGAAAACUUCUAUCUCAAUAUCUGGAACUGAAAACUGAGAAUUCAUUGACUCUGACCUGUUACUGGAAGAAAGAUACAUUUUUUGCCUUUGGUAUUUGGGCUGCCAAUUACAAGGUUGAUGGUUCAAAUUCCAGCUGCUCUGUGGGAGAAAGAUGAGGCUGCUCCCAUAAAGAUUUACAGCCUCAGGUUCUAUGACUUGAGGGCAAUGGGUUUUUGUUUCUGGAAGUUAUUUUAAAACAAACUCUUUGGUUCAAAAAUUGUUAGGUUCACUGCAGAAAACUUGAAAUAUGAAAGAAUAAGAUGUGAAAAGCUAGAUUGCAUUAACUGUACUGUGUAUAAACCUUUAUAUUUUGUCUUAGCCACUAUUAAAAAACAAGAUCUAUUAUUCUA